AUGGAGAAACAGUGGUGUUUACGUAUUUGCCAAAACCUACGCGAUGCUAAACGCUAUCUCAAAACUGACUACCGUGUACACUGUCAACAGCAUUACCCUACUUGCGCUGACCACUGUAGAAAGUUUGCGCUUAGUGAUCCUGUUGAUCCCGAGCUCCAGCAUCCUUGUCUGCAUCAGCAUCAAUCGACUUGCGAGCAAUGCCAAGGGCUGAAGGAUGUUCUAAAGGAAGUGAGACUAGCGAUUGAAGGGUCAUCAUGGAAGCCUUACAGUUGCGAACAACGAGAAGAUGUCCUUUACGACUUUGACCGUGCACAGUCAGACAUCUUGCUGUGGAAAGCGCACAUUGUACGCUCAAUAAAUCAGGAGGAGGCGAAACAAGAUGCACUGAAAUCAGAAGACCCACAGUCAGCCAUUCUGAUCAUGGACUGGGCCAUGAAGUUCCUCCAAAUAAAAUUUCGUGAGAAACAGUCUGAAUGGUUCGGCAAACGGGGGCUCAGCUGGCAUAUUUCCACCUUUAUAACUAAGAAUGUUGACUCUGGAAAAAUUGAGCUGCAAUCGUAUGCUCAUAUCUUCGACUUUUGCCAGCAAGACUGGUACGCAGUAUGCUCGAUCAUCGAAAACACACUUGAGGUUGUAAAGAAAGAACAUCCCCAGAUUACCCAAGUGAACCUAAGGAGUGACGAAGCAGGCUGUUACCACAAUAACUUUCUCUUAGUCGCAGUUAGAGAUGCCGGAAGACGAGUAGGCAUUGAAGUAGCACGGUAUGACUUUUUCGAGCCGCAGUAUGGAAAAGAUAUCUGUGAUAGAAUCCUUUGUCCAAUGAAAUAAUCCAUCCGACGAUAUUGCAAUGAAGGACACGAUGUCGUUUCUGCGAAAGAUAUGCGUGUAGCGCUUUCAGAACGUCCUGUUCAAGGUACAACUGCCUCCGUGUGCGCAAUGAAUGAGACUCAAAAGACACUCGAAGUACAUAAGAUAGAAGGUUUCAGCAAGUAUCACAAUUUCAAGUUUGAACUGAAAGGAAUUAGAGCAUGGAGAGCUUAUGGUGUUGGACUAGGCAAGUUUAUUCCUUACCGAGAGGUCAUAACUGAACCUCAAGGUCCUACGGGUCUCAUUGUGCAUGAAAACUUCUUUCCUCUUAACGAAGCUCGAGUAUAUAAGAGAGAGACAAACAGUGAAAAUGAACAAUGCAACGGUCUUUUCUCUUGUUCUGAGCCCGGGUGCAACAUGGUUUUCAAGAAAUUCAGUGAACUCGAAAAUCACCUUGAUGUUGGUGAGCACAGCCAAGAAGCUCAGAAGCUCAGAAGAGACUGGGCGGAGAAAUUUCGUACUGUUGAUAAGGACGAAGAAAUCAGAAGCGUGCCUGAAGCAGUUGUAAAGGAGCAUCACGAAAAGAAUAAAACUGGCCGCUCUCCCGAGUGCAGUGACUUGCAGACUGGAUGGGCUCUACACAAACUCCGAAACGAAGCUGUGCGUUUUCCUACCGAGGUUAAACAGUACCUAACAACGAAAUUUGAUCUUGGAGAAAGAACUGGCAUGAAGUCAGAUCCCGCAAAAGUGGCAGCAGAUAUGCGAACUGCAAGAAACCCAGACAGUUCUCGGAUGUUUGAGAGGAAACAUUGGCUCACAAAGGGUCAAGUACAGGGAUUUUUUCGAGGCUAG